UUCAGUAUACCGGAGCAUCAGGCAUCUCCCAGUAUAGGGUCCUGCUCGAAGGGCCGGUUGGCAGGGCAUGGUUCCUGGGGGAACGCUUUCUGCGCCAGGUAUGGGGGUAUCUUUCUCAGGAUCCUCCCGCAGUACCCCCAGUCAGUAUGCGGACUGCUGACAGGCUCUCUUUCUCGGAGGUAGUCGGCGCCAUGCUGGGCAGUGAUGCUUUGCUAUAUAUUGAGGAGGGGGACUACGCCACUUACCGUCACAUAUAUUUGAUGCCUCCAUUGGCGGAAGCUCGUAUCCCAAUGAUGAGGCCUGCCGGUAUGUCGUCCUCGGACCAGGCUCAGGCUCGAGCUACAGACAUCCCUUCUUCUAGUAGGGCUGGUACAUCUAGAGGUGGGAGUAGACCGGUUCCCCCAACUCCGUCGAUUCAUCCUCAUCUCGGAUGGCCAGAUAUGCCCACUGAGUUGAUGGCGUGGCAGUAUGGGGCUAGCUCUCCGACUCCGAUUCCACUAGAGCCUCCGAUGCCCAGUGAUCGAUAUGCCAUUGAUCCGGACUCACCGCCGCCAUCGCGAGGGUACAUAGAGGAGGUGGUUGGACUGGUGGCCACACUCGAGGGCAUGGUCCUGCGUAGGGAGGCACAGUUGUCUGUCGCGGGCAUUUAGAUGCCUUCAUGGUCCGGUCAGCCACAGGCCAGGCCACCUGGGCCUCCUUGGGGAGCUG